AUGUUUUCUUGUUUCUGUUUCAGCAUUCAGGAGAAUUCCUUCAACACGACAGCUUUAGCAGAGUGUGACGAGGAUUCAGACUCUGUACAUGAAAACCAAGCAGCCAGUUCCAGCCCCAGAGAUGAUGAUAACAAAGAAAAUUAUCCGGACAACGCUGCUGUCUUAGAGGAAAGGCAGCUGCCUUUGCAAGAUACUCAGCAGCACAAGCAGCAAGCUGUAAAUGACUACACUCUAAAGCCUGAAAUGGGCAACUUAAAGCUAAGAAAACCUAAGCCCAUUGCAAAGCUAGAAAAUGGAAAAAGCCAUGAGGAAAGUCAGGAUCUGGAAAGCACGUUGCCAGGCCUCUCGGAGUGGCAGGUGAAGGCUGGAUCCUCAGCUAAUGACUGUGUGCAGAACGUGGCUUUCAGAUGCCAGGAAGCAGUCGUGAGAUUUCAACCAAGAAUAGAUCAGAACACAUGCAUUUCACCAAAAGAAGGAACCGAGCAAUUUAACAGCUUAAAUGAGGAAGAAACUCCUCAGCUGCCGGCACCCAAGGAUCCAGCCCCUUCAUCAGUCCAAACCAGUGUGCAAGCUGAUGGGGCCAGUUGUGGAGAGCCUGUGCCAGCCCACAGGGACUGGCAGAAUGACAUGGACAGCAGCCCACAAGAACACCACUCCCUAGGGACCAGCCGCCUGCUGUAUCACAUUACGGAUGGAGACAAUCCCCUUUUGUCACCACGCUGCUCUAUCUUUAGCCAAAGCCAGAGAUUUAAUCUAGACACAGAGUCUGCCCCUUCUCCACCAAGUGCUCAACCUUUCAUGAUGCCGAGAAGUUCUUCUAGAUGUAACUGUGAAGAGUGCAAAGAACCACAAACAGUAGCACAACUUACCAAGCACCUUCAGAGCCUGAAGAGAAAAAUUAGGAAGUAUGAAGAAAAGUUUGAGCAAGAAAAAAAGUACCUGGUAACUAAGCAAGAAAAGAGUCUCAUGAAACCUCUUUACGAUAGAUACAGAAUUAUCAAGAAACUCCUCGCAACUCCAUCUUUGAUCACAACAAUUCAGGAGGAGGAAGACUCAGAUGAAGACCAUUCUCAAAGCAGCCACGAGUUGUCAUCCGGCCCAAUGUCUUGCCUCCCUGUCGAUGAGCACCUGUGUUACUCUCAGGAGGAGACCGAGCCUGCGUAUGUUUCACCUCUGGAUGAAAAGAAAGUUUUCAGGCAAACAGCCUUGUCUAUGUCCAAUUUACAUGAGGCAACAAUGCCCGUUCUGCUUGAACAUCUCAGAGAAACAAGAGCAGAUAAGAAAAGGCUUCGCAAAGCUCUGAGAGAGUUUGAGGAACAAUUUUAUAAACAGACAGGAAGGAGUCCUCAAAAGGAAGAUCGGGUGCCAAUGGCAGAGGAAUACUCCGAAUACAAGCACACAAAAGCCAAAAUCAGGCUCUUGGAGGUUCUCAUCAGUAAGCAUGAUAUUUCCAAAACAAUUUGA